ACCCCAUCAACCCCCUGCCUCCUCCCUACUCUCUUUUUUUUUUGUCCCUUUUGUUCCCCAAAAGAGCCUAUAUGGCUCUCUCUUUUGGGUUCAUGAGAGGUCUAAUUGUGUGUUUUGUUUUGCUGUGUUUGUUUCAAGUUUCCUUUGGUGCUAAAACUAGGCAUUACAAAUGGGAGGUAGAGUACAAGUUUUGGUCACCGGAUUGUGUAGAGAAUCCGGUGAUGACCAUCAACGGCAAGUUUCCCGGGCCGAUGAUCCGAGCCAAGGCCGGAGACACCAUUCAUGUGGAACUUACUAACAAACUUCACACUGAAGGUGUUGUCAUCCAUUGGCAUGGAAUCAGACAGUUUGGAACACCAUGGGCAGAUGGGACUGCAUCUAUAUCCCAGUGUGCUAUUAACGCUGGUGAAACCUUCAUUUACAGGUUCAAGGUUGAUAAGGCAGGAACAUAUUUCUAUCAUGGACACUAUGGAAUGCAAAGAUCAGCUGGAUUGUACGGGUCUCUGAUUGUCGACGUGGCAGGAGGAGAGAAGGAGCCAUUCCACUAUGAUGGGGAGUUCAACUUGCUAUUAAGCGAUUGGUGGCACCAGAGUGCUCAUGAGCAAGAGAUUGGUCUCUCCUCCAUUCCAUUUCGCUGGAUUGGUGAACCCCAGACCCUACUAAUGAAUGGAAGAGGACAGUAUAACUGCUCCCUGGCAGCGCCUUUUAGCAGCAAUUACUCCUCCCUGGGCAAGUGCACGUUAAGGGGAGGUGAACAGUGCGCACCACACAUUCUUCAUGCACUUCCAAACAAGACAUACAGACUCAGAAUUGCCAGCACCACUGCCUUAGCUUCCCUCAACUUGGCCAUUGGAAAUCACAAGAUGGUGGUGGUGGAAGCUGAUGGAAAUUAUCUCCAACCCUUUGAAGUUGAGGACUUGGACAUCUAUUCUGGUGAGAGCUAUUCAGUCCUUGUAAGAACGAAUCAAGACCCAACCCAAAACUACUGGGUCUCGAUUGGGGUUAGAGGAAGAGAACCCAAGACCCCUCAAGGCCUAACCUUGCUAAACUACCUUCCAAACUCAGCUUCAAAACUCCCUCUCACUGCCCCUCCAGUGACACCAAAAUGGGAUGAUUAUGACCACAGCAAGUCAUUCUCUAACAAAAUAUUAGCCCUAAUGGGAUCCCCAAAACCGCCCGCAAAUUACGAUCACAGAAUCAUGCUGCUCAACACCCAAAACAGGAUCAAUGGAUACACAAAAUGGGCUAUCAACAAUGUUUCUUUAGUUUUACCCUUCACGCCUUACUUGGGUUCAAUCAAGUAUGGUCUAAAACAUGCUUUUGACAAUAAUCCCCCACCAGAGAACUUCUCAAGCAACUAUGAUGUGAUGAAGCCACCAAUUAACCCAAACUCCACACAUGGAAAUGCAGUUUACAUGCUCAAUCUGAGCAGCACAACUGAUGUCAUACUACAAAAUGCUAAUGCAUUGAGUGACAAUGUUAGUGAGAUCCACCCAUGGCACUUACAUGGGCAUGAUUUCUGGGUGUUGGGUUAUGGAGAAGGCAAGUUCAGAGAUGGUCAUGAUGAGAAGAAAUUCAAUUUGAAGAAUCCACCAUUGAGAAACACUGCAGUGAUAUUCCCUUAUGGUUGGACUGCUUUGAGGUUUGUGACUGAUAAUCCAGGAGUUUGGGCUUUUCAUUGCCACAUUGAGCCUCAUUUGCAUAUGGGGAUGGGUGUUGUUUUUGCUGAAGGGGUGCACAGAGUGGGUAAUAUACCUAAUCAGGCUCUUGCUUGUGGGUUGACUGGGAAGAAGUUCAUGAAGAAAAACUAAUAGUAUUGCUAAGACUAAUUAAUUAGUGUUUCUGGUGUGACAUCGGAUGGAUCAUGGAUGUCAUGGGUAUGUUUCUUUCACGAAUAGUCUAAAAUACCCUCCUUUGAGAUUAACUGAGCUAGCUGCCUAUUGUUUUCCUCCUUUGGGCCAUUUGGUUGAUUGAUUUGUCAUUUUGAGUACAGAUUAAAGACGAGAUUUGGGCU